CGGAUCGCUCCGACGCGGUGCCCGAGAAGUCUCCCGCGAACAUAACCGUCUGUCAUCAUGGCGGGCAUGCCUUAUGGACUCCAGUCCAUGCUCAAGGACGGGCACAAGCACAUGUCCGGCCUCGACGAGGCGGUGAUCAAGAACGUCGAAGCGUGCAAGCAGCUCUCGAAGAUCACGCGCACCUCCCUCGGCCCUAACGGCAUGAACAAGAUGGUGAUCAACCACCUGGACAAGCUCUUCGUCACCUCCGACGCCGCGGUCAUCGUCCGCGAGCUCGAGGUGGCGCACCCGGCGGCGAAGCUGCUGGUGAUGGCGGCGCAGGCGCAAGAGCAAGAGAUCGGGGACGGGACGAACCUCGUCGUGACGUUCGGCGGGGAACUCCUGGGGAACGCGGAGGAGCUCAUCAGGGAUGGACUGCACCCCUCGGAGAUCAUCGAAGGGUACGAGAAGGCGCUGGAGCAGACGUGGAAGUGGCUCGAGGAGCUCGUGAUCCAAGGGUCGGAGACGCUGAACAUUCGCGACAAGGCGGCGGUGGCGGAGCGCCUGAAGGGGACGCUCUCGUCGAAGCAGUUUGGGUACGAAGAAUUACUCGCGAAGACGUGCGCGGAGGCGUGCAUCGACGUGUGCCCGAAGAACCAGCUCAACUUCAACGUGGACAACGUCCGCGUCUCGAAGAUCAUCGGCUCGAGCCUCCACGAGAACGAAGUCGUGCAGGGCAUGGUGAUUCGCCGCGACGUCGAGGGCACGGUGAAGCACGUGAAGGACGCCAAGGUGGCCGUCUUCGGGUGCGCGGUCGACACCGCGUCGACGGAGACGAAGGGCACGAUCAUCAUCAACAACGCCUCGGACUUGGAGUCGUACAGCAAGGGCGAGGAACAGAAGAUGGAGGAGUACGUCAAGAUGAUCGCGGACAGCGGCGCCAAGGUUGUCGUCUCCGGGCAAUCCUUCGGGGAGAUGGCGCUGCACUUCAUCGAACGAUACGGCCUCAUGGCGAUCAAGAUGCCCUCGAAGUUUGAACUCCGACGGUUCUGCCGCGCGACGAACGCGGUCGGACUCAUCAAGCUCGCGCGCCCCGCCGCGGACGAGCUCGGGUACGUUUCGCAGAUCGACGUGAAGGAGAUCGGCGGGACGAAGUGCGUCGUCGUCCAACAAAACGACAAGACGUCGCGCGUGGCCACCGUGGUGCUGCGCGGGUCCACGGAGAACGUCAUGGACGACAUCGAGCGCGCGGUCGACGACGGCGUGAACGCGUUCAAGGCGCUGACGAAGGACUCGCGGACGCUCCCCGCGGGAGGCGCCACGGAGAUUGAGCUCGCGCAUCGAUUAGCCGCCUACGGACGCAAGCAAACCGGGUUGGACCAGUACGCGAUUGAAAAAUUCUCCAAGUCGCUCGAGGUCGUCCCGAGGACGCUCGCCGAGAACGCGGGCCUGAACGCCACGGACGUGGUGUACAACCUGUACGCCGCGCACGCGGCCGGGGAGACGAAAGCGGGCGUGGACGUCUCCGCGGAGUCGCAGUGGGUCGACCUCGCGGCGAAGGAGUCCGUCGCGGAUGUCUUCCUCGUGAAGUGGUGGGCGCUGAAGCUCGCCGUGGAGGCGGUGUGCACCGUGCUCAGGGUGGAUCAGAUCAUCAUGGCGAAGCAGGCGGGCGGGCCCAAGCACGCUCCGGGGGACGAGGACUAACGUUUGUUCUACGCUGGGGCGUUGCUUACGUUAGAGAGAGAAAGAGGGAGCGAGAGAGGAGAGGAGAGAAGGCGGACGAGAGCCGAGCCGCGAGACAUUCAUACACGCCAAAGACACGUCAUCAUC